CUGGCAACUCAGGGGCUAAAGCAGGAGGACCAGUUGAGCUCAGGAGUUCAAGCAAGGAGAAAUGAUGACCUGAAGUGCCUAAAUUCCAGUAGCUGACAUUAGGGAAAUGAAGUUCUGCAAUGAGAAAGGAUUGAGUUGAAAAGUUCUUAAGGUGUCCUAGCUACAUGGAACCACAGAAUUUAACAGUUGUCUUAGAAUUCCUCCUCCUGGGACUCUCUGAUGAUCCAGAAAUGCAGUCCAUGCUCUUUGGAAUAUUCCUGCUUAUAUACCUGAUCACAGUACUUGGAAACCUGCUUAUCAUCCUGAUGGUCAGCUCUGACUCCCACCUCCACAACCCCAUGUACUUCUUCCUCUCCAACCUGUCCUGGGCUGACAUUGGUUUCAGCAGCACUACAAUCCCCAAAAUGCUAGUUAACAUCCAGAUACACAGUAAAUCCAUCACCUAUGCAGGCUGCCUAACUCAGGUGUCAUUUUUUUUCUUUUUUGGGUGUUUGGACAAUAUACUGCUGGCUGUCAUGGCCUAUGACCGAUUGGUGGCCAUCUGUCACCCUUUAUACUACCCAGUAAUCAUGAACCCCCACCUGUGUGCCUUGCUGGUCAUGGUGUCAAAUUCCAUCAGUCUUUUGGAGUCGCAGUCCCACUAUUUGAUAGUGUCACAGCUUACCUUCUGCACAGAUGUAGAAAUCCCUCAUUUCUUCUGUGACCCUCCUCAACUAAUUAAGCUUGCCUGUGAUAAUAUCUCUACCAAUAACAUAUUAAUUUAUCUCAUUGGUGCAGUCUUUGGUGGCAUUCCAAUCUCAGUGAUCCUUUACUCUUAUACUUGCAUUAUUUCCACUAUUCUGAGAGUCCCAUCAACAAGUGGGAAAUAUAAAGCCUUCUCUACCUGUUGCUCUCACCUCUCAAUUGUGUGCUUAUUUUAUGGAACUGGCCUGGGGGCAUACUUUAGUUCUGCUAUUUCACAUGCCCACAGGGAGGUUAUGAUAGCCUCAGUGAUGUAUACAAUGGUCACACCCAUGCUGAACCCCUUUGUCUACAGUUUGAGGAACAGGGAUAUCAAGAAGGCCCUUGGGAGGCUUCUUAGCAAAAAACUUAACAUCAGUACCUAG